AGAAGAUGUAUUUGCCAUUUUUUUUUUUUAACAAGAACAUGGAUUUCCCGAUAACGUUGUCUCUUAGCGCGCUACGAAGACUCUAAAGGUAGACCUUAACUGAAGAUAUACCGUUUCUAGGCGUGUUCCCCGAACUAUCCCUUAGGAGGCUGCUUAAGGUAUAUCUUCUUAAGUGCGACGUUAUCAGGUGCUGUCCAUGGCGGCGGUGCUGAACUGGUUGAUAUCGAUGGCUCGAGAAUCGACAGGGGCUGCUUCACUGCAUUAUGUGAGAAAUUAGUGUUCUUAAAGAAGCACUUCAGAAGUAGAAAUUGCAUUUAUCAGGACUCAUGGGAUGUUAUAAAAGUAAUCCAAAUUGCAAACUAAAUCUAUAUUGUAAUUUAUCCAUAUUCAUGGGGGCGCGGAGCCCCCAUCAGCGUGAGUUUAAGGCGACCGUUAUUUUAGAACAAAGUUUCAAUUCCUUGGAGACGCGUCAUGCAGCUGACAGACAUGUAGGCUAGGUAUCGCGUUUAUAUCGUUUUUUUUUUUUUUUUUUCUCAAAAUAUUCACAAACUUGUUAACUAUAUCAUGAAUUAUAUGAUAUAUUCCAAUUGUAAAAUAUGUGGAAGUGAAUGUGUUUUGUCACGCGAUGAGUUUGCACGGCAAUUCAGAGCUGUCGGAUUUACGAAAUGUUCCCCGAAAUACGUAAAAUGUGGCCGGUGAACUGGGAGAAGAAUAGAGUAAACUUUAUUGUUUCAUACACAAUGUGUAUCUAUGAAUAAAACACUUCGUCAAGUUAUAUAAUUGAAAGGGUUUAUUGUUGCAGCUUCCGUAGACAUCAUGGAAUUUGAUCAAACUAUAAAUGUCUUUUUUAUGCAGUAGCCUACUUAAUUCAAAUGUGCAUUUAAAUGUCUGAAACCUAAAAUAAACCUGAUGAGGUUAAAAACACCGAAUAGUUGUGAUACAUGACAAGCGCGGAGUGCGCGUCUGUCUCUGGAUCAGCGCUAAGGCACAUUUGAAUUUAGCAGUGAAUCUUUGCAUUUUAUUCUUUGCCAUAAUCCUAAUCAAACACUGCAUGUAUUACAGCUUCAGAAUUAUUUUCUUAUGGACUGUCAACAAUGAUAAGGUAUAGCUAAGAGUGAUCCAGACCAACCUUACGAAAGUAUGACUUACAGAAGGUAUACGGGAAACACGUAUUAACGUUAAGGUACAGCUUAAGGUAUAAUUUAAGAACGACGUAGAGUUAAGAAGGUUUCGGGAAAUCCAGCCCAUGUCUUAUGAGGAGAAUAUGAUGUAAUGGAUGUUACCCGGAAGAUGGCAGUAGUGCAAUACUUAUGGAUGCAAGCUGCCAUUAAACCUCAAAGAAGAAGAAGAAAUAGAAGUAAAAGAAGCAAAAUUCCGUAUAGGCAUAAGGUCGGGACUUUGCGCAACUCUCUUACAGUUACUCUUCUUUGGAAAUUAAUGUCUCUCGGUUUUUUAAUUUCGGAGAUAGUAGAAAGGCGGCUUUAGCGAUCAUACUGUAUGUUUACCUCGCCUGAGUCCAACUGGCCAGCGGUUCAUUACAUUUCUGCACAUACAAAAUAGUAACUAUGAGAUUUUGCUUUUCCUAAAACACAGCAAUAUUCGCAUAACAGACCUACAGUGAAGCUUCUCCAACAGCAAUAAAUGCUGGAGUAUUCCCAUCAGUCUACAAGUGAAGAAGACAGUUGAACAGUGAGAAUAUGAGUGAUCCAGAAUGCUGUCGAAUAAAACAGGAAGAUCCCGAAGAACAAAGCAGUGAUCCAGAUCCCUGCAGAAUAAAACAGGAAGAUACUGAUGAACUAAUAGACCUAAAGGAAGAAAAUGAGGAGAGUGAAGAUCUGAAUGGAGUGGAGGAGAAACAUCAUGUCAAAACGAAUGAAAUUAAAUUUGUACUAAGAGCCAACGAAAAUAAAAAGGUCACUUGCCCUCAGUGUGAAAAGAGUUUCUCAUGCAAACAAAAUCUUAACCGUCACAUGAUCAUUCAUACUGGAGAGAAGCCGCACACAUGCGAUCAAUGUGGGAAGAGUUUUACACAAAAAGACAAUUUAAAGAAACACAUGAAAAUCCACACUGGAGAGAAGCCAUACUCAUGUGAUCAGUGUGGGUGGAGUUUCACACAAAAUGUAGCCUUAAAGGAUCACAUGAGAACCCACACUGGAGAAAAGCCGUACACAUGUGAUCAAUGCGGGAAGAGUUUUGCAUACAGAAAUACCUUUAAACUUCACAUGACUAUUCAUAGUGGAGAGAAGCCGUUCACAUGUGAUCAAUGUGGGAAGAGUUUUGCACGAAAACGAAACCUUAAGGAGCACACGAGGAUCCACACUGGAGUGAAGCCGCACACGUGUGAUCAUUGUGGGAAGAGUUUCACGCAUUUAAGCGCUUUUAAAAUACAUGUGCGUUCUCAUUCUGGAGAAAGACCAUUUUACUGUGAUCAGUGCGGGAAAAACUUUUUUAGGGCAGAUUCCCUAAAGAGCCACCUUAAAGUUCAUUCAAAGGAGAAGCCUCAUGUGUGUUCUUUGUGUGGAAAGAGUUUUUCACAACUGACAGUUUUUAAAACGCACCAGAAAAGCCACAGUGGUGUGAAGGAUCAUGUGUGCUUUGAGUGUGGGAAGACCUUUAAAACAAUUUUUGAACUGAAACAGCACCAGAGAGUUCACACUGGAGAAAAACCUUACAAGUGUUCACACUGCGACAAGACGUUUCGUCAGUCAGGAUCUCUGAAAAUACAUGAAAAGAUCCACACUGGAGAGAAACCUUACAAGUGUUCGCACUGUGACAGGACAUUUCGUCAGUCCCGAUCUCUGAAAACACACGAGUGGAUUCACACUGGAGAGAAGCCGUAUCACUGCCCUCCAUGUGGGAAGAGUUUCACUUGUAUAUCUUCUCUACUUCGUCAUAAAAAAACAAAUGUCUGCAAUCACAUUAAGUAGUUCAUCUUCAGGUCCUGCACUUUCAAGUCUUCACCAAAUAUGUUGAGCAAUAUAAAUUCUCUCUUAGCCAGCCACAAUGAGCGACAGGACAAAGAAACAUCACCCAAAGUGAACAAAGUUCAUCUUCAAGACCAGCAGUUUCAAGUGUGAAACUGAGAUCAACUCAAAGAUUGACUUUCUCCCAAAAUAACAAUAUCUAAGAUUUUUUUUUCUUAUUGAGGCCGAGAGCUGUGAGAACGGUGCGAGGUCUCGAGUGUCUCACAGGGAAGCUCCGGUUUGAUAAAAGGAGGAGUGACGACAGUGAAGGACAAGAGUGAACUAGGCCUGGGACAUUUAUGUUAUGUUUUAUUAUGUUUUAUACGGUAGUCGUCCGUGAGGGGCUGCUGCUUUACUUUCGUUUUGUGUUUAUUUUGGUGUUUAAACAUUCGCCGGUUCCCGCCUCCUUACAUUAUCAACAAACCUUGCUACACUUAUUUUGCUUUAUGAUAUAAACUAAAUCAUUAUGCUUGUUAAUGGUUGUAUCAACCAGAUUUUAUUGUGUUGAUUCCAUGGAGCUCCUAAAGGGACAUUGUGAUUAAAGGAAAAAUAAGCUCUUGAGUUUGCUUCAAGACUGCGUAGCUGCUAAAGAUCGGUAAAGAUUGCAGAUCGGCCAGUAGUUGUUUAAUAAAAAAGGAAUUAAAACUCA